AUGGCUCAGAAUACCACCGGAAAUGCGAAUCCUGCGCAGCUUGCGGCUCUUCUUGCUGCUGCUGGCGGCCGCGUAGCCCCAGCUGGAAACGCGCUAGGUGCACCAGCGCAAGGUGCGGCGCCUGAGCAAGCGAAUCCACUGGCAUUAUUGAUGCAGACGCUUCAGAACCAACAGGCUUACGCACAACCUGCGUCGUGGGCCGGCUUGGCCCAACUCUUUCAGCCCCAACCUGCGCCUCCACCACCACCUCCCCAGCCAGCACAACAACCGGCACAAAUUUCUCAGGAGGAUAAAGAGGCUCCGUACCGGGGAGCGCGCUCUGAUAAUCUUGAUAAGACCUUGGUGUUAUUUCUGCGUGCCGCUCAAAGCUCGAAUAUGACCAGAUACGCCAUACUUGAGGACAUGAAUGGACGCCAUGGCCACUCUUCCGAGUGGUGGAAGACGUACUACCUCAUAUUUGCUGACGAUAUUGACCGCCUAGUCAAGCUUGCCGGCACAAGCGACGAUGGCACCGCCGGAUGCUCAACACCCGCUCGUCGUAAACCUCUGGGUAGCGCAGGCACAUUGAGACCAGUCACAUUCCCGUUUGUGGCAGAGUCGCCGUCGACAUCACGCAAACGCAAAGCGCGUACUCCAUCUGGCUCGUCAUCCGAUGGAUCCGAGACCGAGCGCACCGCCCAUGCGUCUUGCUCUCGGCCAGCACCUAAAGUGGCCCGUCGAACCGAGACGCAAGGUACCUCUGACGUUGACGACGAACUUGGCGACAUCACCGCUGAUAUAGCGGUGGGCAAUCCGUACAAGCUUACUAUACCUACGACACUCCCCAAACGAGCCCCCUCAAUACCCACAAACCUUGCGGCGGGCGCUAAAGGGAAUUACAAAUACACGGAUGAAGAGCUUGCGUACUUUGUGGACACAAUACUAUGGCAGGCAAAGACGGUCCCCAAUGUCAGCAGAGCGACUGUCGUCGCGACUCUGAGCGCUCGAGCUCCGCACCACUCUGAGGAAUCAUGGAAAUCAUUUUGGAAGCGCGCGAAGGGGCCAGAUAUUCUUCGGGAAGGACUCCGCAUGGCUGCUGAGGCGUCUGCUACGACUGCUGCCCCGAAAGAGGAGGAGUAG